GUAGGGAGAGUGAAGAAAUGGGACGGCCUUUGCUCCACCAUAUAAAACCAGCAAAGUCACGCAUUCCUCGCCGCACUCUUCCCUUCCUGCAACUCGUGUCGUCUCUGCCUGCUCUGUCUGCAAACAUGGCCAAGGACAUGACUCUGCUCUGGGGCUCCGGCUCUCCUCCGUGCUGGAGGGUGAUGAUCAUGCUGGAGGAGAAGAAGCUGCAGGGCUACAACCAAAAACAGCUAUGCUUUGAGAAAAUGGAGCACAAGUCACCUGAGGUUAUGGACAUAAAUCCCAGAGGACAGCUUCCCGCCUUCAAACAUGGAAACAACAUCCUGAACGAGUCCUACGCCGCCUGCUUGUACCUGAAUUGCCAGUUUAAGGAUGAGGGCGACAAACUGAUUCCUGAGAAAUGCUGUGAGAAGGCCCUGAUGUACCAGCGCAUGUUUGAGGUUCAGACCCUCAAUGAGAAGAUGGCCAAUGUCAUCUACUACAACUGGAAGGUCCCGGAAGGGGAGAGGCAUGACUCUGCAGUGAAGCGGAACAGAGAGGCUCUGGCUGCUGAGUUGAAGCUGUGGGAAGGAUAUCUGGAGAAGCAGCUAAAAUGCAACAAUGGCCCAUUCUUGGCAGGAUCAAACUUCUCACUGGCUGACGUGAUAGUCUUUCCCUCUGUCGCUUACCUCUUUCGCUUUGGGCUGUGUGCAGAGCGUUACCCAAAGUUGGCUGCGUACUACAAUUGCGUGAAGACGCGUCCCAGCAUCAAGGCCACCUGGCCUCCCACUUGGCUGGAAAACCCCCAAGGACAAGACAUGCUGAAAGAUCUUUGAGCUUCUGCUGCCUGAUAAGAAUACAAUAUGUAUCACUCCUAAUGUUGCACUGUCCUGCCUGCUCAGAUAACUCUCCAUCCUUGAGCUGUGAAUAAAUAAAGAACCAAGUACAA